AUGUCAGUGUCAUAUCUUAAAGAUUUCUUUUGUAAAACAAAUACUUCUGAAUGGACGUGUGAAAACGCUGUCGAGUAUUACAAAAAGUAUAUUUCACCAAAUGAAAAACUUAAAAAAAUUCUCUACAGUAUCAACGUUGAGCUCAAACAGGUUCUAAAAGCUGAGUCUGAUGAAUCAUGCAGAAUGGCACAGUAUAUACUUGAUUACUGGAAGAAGGCAAUCGAGAUAUGGCCAAGCUGGAACACGGAAAGUCAACCGGUUAUGAACGGAAAGUUCGUGCCAAUCUCGAUAGUUAAGGUGUGGCCAAGCUGGAACACAGAAAGUCGACUGGCCAUGAAUGGAAAGUUCGUGCCCAUUUUGAUUGUCUUCAGUGGUAAGCUGGAACAUAGAAAGUCGACUGGUCAUGAACGGAAACACUGGACUAGUGAUGUAAAAAAAUCAGAUCAGAAUGUUAAGACUAUCCAAAAUCAUCUUAAUGAACGUAAAGCUCUUGUGCAUAACAAAAUCCUAAAAAAUUCAAUAAUACGAGAUCAAGUCAUACGAAGCAUGCUCGCAGAACACAUAACAAGUAAACGGCCAGCUGAGGAAGCCUCUCCCAUAAUCACUUCUCCUAAUCUUCGAGAUCAUACUCAACACGAACAGGACAGGCCACGAACACCAGAAAAUAACCUUCAAGGGGAGAUGGUACUUAGGAAAAAAAAGAAGGUUCACUAUACUGAAUCUUCAAGCUCAGAUUAUGAUGGUUACAUAGAAGGAUCUAAGGAUAAUUCGCGUGAAAGUACACCAUGUCUCACAACACAAACAAUCGCAAAUACUUUGAUCAUAACACCCAACAAACCCAUUAUUACGAGCGCGAUAUUUAAUCAAUAUUCCAUGCACGUUAUUUUUUUAAAAGAACUUAUACUUAAAAAACUUGAAGCAAUUUUUCAGUCGGACUAUUCAGAAAUUUUUUCCAAGAUAAUCGAAGAGACAGCAACUGAAAAAGAUAAUAAAACAACUAAGGAGUCUAGGUUCCUCUUUUUCAUAAGACAUACCUUACUUGAUUUUGUUGCAAUGUUCAAAUAUCUGACACCAAAGAUUUUAGAUAGGGAUAUGAAAGAAAGAUCGUACAUUGUCGAAUGCCUUUCGCCAAUUCUUCGUGCUUUCCGAAAUGCUUUUUCUGGAAUAAAAUAUGAAUGGAUCGAAAAGGAUGUUGAAUCAAUUAAAAAAGUUAAUGAAAUAUUUAUGAGCAAUAUUGGUCAUUGUAAAAUAGACCUACUUGUCUUGAGAUUAUCAGAUGCAAGUAAAUUAUUAAUGGUCGAAGUAUCAGGACCUCCUCAUAAAUCUACUAAGAGACAUACAGUGGGCGACGUGAAAAAAUUACUUAUGAUGGCUAUUUGCAGUCUGUGUAGGAUACUUGCCAACAAUUUAGAUUGCCCAAUCAAUGAUGCCAAGAAAGUAAGAACGUAUAGCAUUCAAGCUAUUGGAAAAGUACAGAGAAAAAUUCGUUCAUUUAUUCCUUCUGCUGAUAAUAUUAAGGAUUUACAGGAAUGGUUACAUUUACCCGAUAAUUAUUUAAACCUGUGA